AUGUAUGAACUCGUUCCGCCAACUUGUAAUACUUCUUAUAUUGCUUUUGGUCCUGCUCUUUCUUCUUGUACUAAUACUUGCGGUGGUGCUACUGGUUCUACUCCUAAUCCUUAUGGUAUUAGUAAUGCUCGUUGUAUUGAUUGCUGUGGUAUUAGCAAUACUACUCCUAUUGGUGGUAAUUGUACUGGUAAUCCUAUUGUUAAUGGUGCUGUUUACGGUGGUAAUUGUGUUGCUCCUUAUAGUGGUUAUUAUUGUUGUUGCUAA